UUUAAAAUACAAAACACACAUUCAACGAAUAAAAUUAAUACAUUUAUAAUAUUAAACCGGUUCAUAUUUGUAUGAUACACAUUUCACAAAUGUCAGCAAGUCAAUUUGUUUUUUUCAAAUACUGUUGUAUUUUAUUUUUAAUAAAUUUCUGAUUUAUGCUCUCGCUUUUUUUAUUAGUUUCCAAAACUACUGAAUUGAUUUUUGAAUAUGUCGAUAAAGCUCGCGUCUCGUAUCAUAAUAAUUGGUGUAAUAAUACGUAAAAAUAAUAAAUUACAAAAUUUUGGCAACAUCACAUAUUAUCGAAAAUUGGAUAAGAGCUCAUCGGAUAAUCGAUAACCGGAUACUAACCGCAAUUAAGACGUUAAUUUUACCUUCAAUAUUAUUAAGACCGCAAUUCGUCUAUUGCGACCGCAACUCGGACAAUACCUGUAAAUGAACUAAAAAAAAAGAGAGAUUCGUUAAUGUCCACUUUCCGGAAACUGGCGUCAAGAGUAAGAGGAGGUAAAAAGACUGGUUCAGGCACAGCUGACGUAUAUAAGCCCGACUGGUUUGCCUAUGAAAUAAUGGCGAAGUUUUUGCAUGGAGUUUUCCAACCUCGAGUCACACAAAAUACAGAGAAAUGGAUGAAAAUGAUUUACAACAUUUGCCAAGUGAAGGUGAUCAAACAAGUAUUCUGAAAUUUAAAAGAUGUGAACCAAAAAAAUUUAAAAAUAGCUCUCACACGGCAGAAAUAUUUGGGGUCUUGCAAUCAUUAAGGAUAGAUGAAGUGUUUUGCGAUAUUAAGUUGGAAACAGACGAUGGUACAGUAAUUUUUGGACAUAAAGUUGUUUUAGUAUCAGCUAGUCCAUAUUUCAGGGCCCUGUUCACUAGCUUUGAAGAAAGGAAUAAAGAUUGUAUUAUUAUAAAAGAAUUAAACCCAACCAUUUUGCAACUCUUGAUAAAUUAUAUUUAUACUGGAGAAAUAAUUGUAAAUAACGAGCAUGUGAAGGAUUUGUUAGCGGCUGCAGAUCUCAUACAGUUAGACUAUAUAAAAGCCUCAUGUGAAGAGUUUUUACAAACACAGCUAAAUCCUUCAAAUUGUCUUGGAAUCAGAGCACUUGCUGACUUACAUUACUGUACAGGAUUGAUGUCAAGUUCUGAUGCCUAUAUUAAAAAACAGUUUUUAGAAGUGGUUAAAUAUGAUGAAUUCUUAUCUUUAUCUCCUGAAGUAGUGAUUCAACUUAUCUCCAGUUCUGACAAUGCUGUUCCAUUUGAAGAAAAUGUAUUUGAAAGUGUUCUGAAUUGGAUAAGACAUGAAUUAUGUUGUAGAAAACAAUUUUUGCCAGAUUUGAUGGAACAUGUAAGAUUGCCAUUAACUUCAAAACAGUAUCUAUUAAAAAAUGUAUCUGAAGAGCCUCUCCUUAAAAAUAAUCCUAAAUGUAAAGAUUAUGUAUUAGAAGCGAUACAAUUUCAUUUACUCAAGUCACAAAAAAUAAUGACCAUACCAAAAAAUAUUCGGUGUAAACCUAGACAAUCUGGUGGUUUACAAAAAGUUAUCCUUACGUUAAGUUACUCUCCGCUUAUGGAUAAGAAUUUUAUAAGCUGGUAUGACCCAGCAAACAACCUAUGCCACAUUGCACAAGUAAUGAAUGAGGAUUGCCAUCCAACUCAUCUUGCCUUAAUAGCAGACCAAUUUCUGAUUGCUGUUGGUCGUAUUCAAAAUUCAUCAAUGUUCUGUAGAUGUGAACAGUUUAUUCAAAUGCUUGAUUUAUUUUCACAAAAAUCCAGUUGGGUACCAAUGGUCAACAUGUUAGAUGAUCGAGAUCGUUUAGGCGUUGGUGUAUUAAAUAAUAGUAUAUAUGCUGUUGGUGGAGAAAAUGGUUCUAUUUGUUUAAAUAGUGUCGAAGUUUUCGAUAUCAAUUUUGAAGAAUGGCGAAUGGUUUCUUGUAUGGCUAACAAGAGAUGCGAUGUUGGUGUUGGAAUUCUAAACAAUCUUUUAUAUGCGGUAGGAGGUUAUGAUAAUUCUACAAAUGAACAUUUAAAUUCAGUUGAAUGUUAUGAUCCUAGUCUUGACACAUGGAAACUAGUAGCACCAAUGUCCAAACGUCGCUCUCAUGUUGGUAUUGGAGUCUUAGACGGUGUUAUGUAUGCUGUCGGUGGUACACACGGUUCAGGAUAUUUUAAAUCUGUUGAGGCCUAUAGACCAAGUGUCGGAGUAUGGACUCCAGUGGCUGACAUGUUCUUUGACAACCAUUCUAGUGUAGUAGUCGUUUUAGAUGGUUUAUUAUAUGUUGUGGGUAAUACACAUUCUACUAAUAUGCUGACUAUCCAAAUAUACAACCCCCACACCAAUACAUGGAAAUUAAUGGAAACCUGUAUAAAUGAUGCUGGAUUUAUUUAUGCUGCAGUAGCUAUUGAUAGACCCCCGCAUUUUAACACCGAUUAGCAUAAAUGCUCUUAUGGUUGGUAGUUAUAAUACAAUCAUAUUAUGUGUAAUUUUGAAACUAUGUUAAUGAGGGAUAUACCACAGAAUAAUUCUGUGGAUAUACUUUAGAAUCUUCUGAUAAGCUGUAAUUGAAAAAGUAUUUUAUAGUAUACAACUAUUUUAACUUUUAAGUAAUAAAUAAAAAUGUGUUUUUUUUCAAUAACUGUUUUAUGUUCUGCCCGCAUAGGAAACUAUUCAAUAUACUUGGUUUUGUUAUAACUUUGAGUUUGAUAUGUCUGUACUGGACAUUAAAAAUGUUCAAUACAUUUACUCUAUUAAUUGUGCUAUAUAAGAUGUUUGACUUUUGUUCAAUUUUUGUUUAUGAGUAUAAAUGAGAAAAAUGUAGUACAGGUUUUUCAUAAUUUUAUGUAAUAAGGUCAGUCCGAAAUUAAUGAGUAUCGAUAAUACAGUCAUAAUUUUUAUUAUACUAGUGUUAGAGAGUUGAGUUAAAAUGUUUAGAAAUUCAUCAAAAUCACAAAAAUGUAUCAAUUAUUAUUAUACAGUUCAAAAUCAUUAACAUUUUUACUUUUAACACCAAUAUACCUUGAAAAAUAUACAAGAUUCCUUAUAAGUUUAUUUUAUUGGAAUUUGAUGUAUCAAGUAGCGUACAGCUAGUGUGCUACAUACUCAUAUGAAGUUAAAAUUUUUACCACAUUAGAGAAUAUCUAAUUUUUAAAUUAUUACAAUUUCUCCAUAAAUGAUUUUGAUAAAUUGUAAGAAUUCAAAAAUGUUUAACGUAGAUAAUAAAUACUUGAAACAUUCCACUAUUGGGUACUGUUUAUGAUAUUAACCAGUAACCACAAUUGAAUUUGUCUUCGAUCUUUAUUUUGUAUAACCCUGUAGUAUAGGCAACCUAAUGUACGGUCGUUGGACGAACCACAGAGUGUUGAUGGUUUACGAUGACGUAAAUUACGUCGAUCAGUGCCUCAGUCCGUCGGCCAGCGGUGAAUCAAAGUUGAAUUAUCAUUUUCUAUACACAAUGAUAUUCUAAAAAUAUUCAAACAAUUUUAGUCUACCUACCUA